AUGGCUGCCAAAUCCCAAUUGCCGACCGUCAACACGCCUGUGUCCGCGGAGCCUUCCAAGGCCGCCAUGCACCCGGCUUUCUACAUCGCUACCUGGAUUGCUCUCAGUUCCGGUGUGAUCAUUUUCAACAAGUGGAUUCUCCAUACCGCUGGAUUCAGUUUCCCCCUCUUCCUGACCACAUGGCAUCUCGUUUUCGCUACCAUCAUGACCCGCCUCAUGGCGCGGUUCACCACUCUGCUCGACUCUCGUCACCAGGUCCCUAUGACCUCUCGUGUCUACAUGCGUGCCAUCGUCCCCAUUGGCGCAUUCUUCUCUCUCAGUCUGAUCUGCGGUAACCUCGCAUAUCUCUACCUCAGUGUGUCCUUCAUCCAGAUGCUCAAGGCUACCAACUCUGUGGCUACGCUGCUUGCUACUUGGGCUAUGGGCAUUGCGCCGGUGAAGCUCAGCUUGCUCGGAAAUAUUUCCUUCAUCGUCCUCGGUGUUAUCAUUGCCUCUAUUGGUGAAAUCAAGUUCACCAUGAUUGGAUUCAUCUGCCAGUUCUUCGCGACCAUCUUCGAGUCCGUCCGUCUGGUUAUGGUUCAGCGCCUGCUCAGCUCUGCCGAAUUCAAGAUGGAUCCGUUGGUUUCCCUGUACUACUUCGCACCUGCUUGCGCCGUCAUGAACGCCGUCGUCACUGCGGUUGUCGAGCUCCCCACACUGCACAUGUCUGACAUCUACCAACUCGGCAUGGGUACCCUGUUCCUCAACGCCGCCGUGGCUUUCGGACUGAACGUUGCUGUCGUCUUUCUGAUUGGCAAAACCUCCGCCCUUGUCCUUACCCUGUCCGGAGUCCUUAAGGAUAUCCUCCUCGUCGUUGCCUCGAUGGUCAUCUUCCGCGAUCCCGUUACUCCUCUCCAGGCCUUCGGAUACGCGAUCGCCCUUGGCGGUCUGGUCUACUACAAGCUUGGAAGGGACGGUGUCAACAACCUUCUGGCCCAGGUGCGGUACCAGCUGCUUGGUGGCCCCCGCCCCGAGAACUAG